AUGAAAAUAGAGUUUAUCGGAAGAGCGGAGAGAUGUGAGGAAACCGCCAAGGAUUGGAUUUUCAUCAACUAUCGGAAAAUGAGAAAAUCAAUAAUUCUCGGUUAUUUCAAUUUUCUUAACAAAGUGGCCGGUGUGAAAGUGGAAGAAAUCAUCACAAAAAACUUAUGGAAACCUGAAGAGAUGUUCGCUCGAUACCUCCAUAAAAUUAUUCAUUCGGAUUUAAUUGGCGGGAAUCGAGGAAGUGUUCGCAGACUGAUUGGACUGGAAGAAGUGUGUGAAGGAUGUGCGGAUUGUGUGGAUAUGGCCAGACGAUGUGUGGAGUAUGGACCAAUAAGGUUUCGAGUGUUGAAUCUGAUUAAGAAUCCAAUUCAUUAUAGAAAACUGCAUAUUUCUGAUAAAUUACUUGAAAUUGUUGCCAAUUACUGUUCACGGAAAUCGACUACAAAACAGGAGUGUUUCAAACAUUUGAAUGACAUCAUACGACCCUCUAUUUCAUGUGAUACACUGGUUCUGUGGAUAUGUGAAAUGAGAGAACACUACGUUGACGGAGUUCGGAUAGUAGCUCAUUUCGCGAUGCCACGAGAAGUAUUGGAUGUUAUAAUAAGGAAAUGGAAUGUGAAAACAAUUCGAAUGAAUAUGACUGUAUGCACAAGUGAGAAGAUAUGCCGUGAGAAAUGGAUAGAUGGAGGAUACUUCACGAAGAUCAAGUUGGAUGAUCCAUACUGGAAAACGGGUCAAUUCGGUGACUUGAAACUCCAACAUGUAUCCGUCAAAGUGUCGGAUUCAUACGAUUGUGCUGGUGGCCUAAUGUACAGUAACCCGAAAACAGUUUAUGAGAAGAGUUUUGAGAACUACAUUGCGAAUCUACGAAGACUUUUCCAAAUGGACAAAUUAUCGAUUGAUUUCAGUCACUGGAAACAUAGACACAGUGCUAGUUUGGAAGAAUUCAUGAAGAAUAUAUUGAGAGUGAUUCAAUUGGAGAAACAACGGAAACUCGAAGUGAAUAUUCAGUUUUUCACCGAGAUUUCCAGCUUUAAAGUGGGAAAUUCUGAAGAAUUGGCUGAAACUCCUUCAGAAUACUCGUUGCUCAGUGAUCGACUGGAAUGUAUCCGGAAGUCUGUCCCAUUAGAUGUUGUCGAAAGUGGUCCAGAGAGAUUAAAUAUGAUUAAAUGGGUUGGGAGACGAUUUCAGAUGAAGGAUAUGGAUAAUCAUUUCGCACUCAACUUGAAUAUUUAUAUAAAGGAAACAGAGUUGGAGGAGUUGAAUGUGGGUAAGGGAUUAAUGGAGAGACAUCCGAAUAGCUUGAUUGGAAUGUUUGUCUACUGA